CUUGCUUUUGUUAUUUAAAAAGAAGCCCUCUCUUCCUUCUCACUCUCUUUGUUCCCAAACAUGGCGCAACCGAGUUUCUUUGUUGGGGUUAUAGGAAAUAUCAUCUCAGUUCUCAUGUUUCUUUCUCCGGUGCCGACAUUCUGGAGAAUAAUAAAGCAUGGAUCUACGGAAGAGUUUGAAAGUCUGCCUUACAUCUGCACAUUGCUGAACUCGUCCUUGUGGACUUACUAUGGAGUGAUGAAGACCGGAGAAUACCUUGUGGCCACCGUCAACGGCUUCGGGGUUGUGGUGGAAACCGCCUACAUUAUUGUAUUUCUUAUAUAUGCUCCGACCAAGAUGAGAGCCAAAACUGGGAUUCUGUUUGGACUCUUAGAUGUGGGAUUCUUAGGAGUGGCCAUAGUAUUUACUCAGAUAGCGUUGCACGGAGAAGUUCGGAUUGAUGUCGUCGGAAUUAUGGGUGCUGCUUUAAAUAUUCUCAUGUACGGCUCUCCCCUAGCUGCCCUGAGAUUAGUGGUGACGACGAAAAGCGUGGAAUAUAUGCCAUUCUUACUUUCACUGUGCAUGUUUUUAAACGGUGGCGUUUGGUUGUUUUAUGCCAUCCUUGAAAGCGAUUGGAUCUUGGGGGUGCCAAACGGAAGCGGGUUCCUACUGGGAGCGGUGCAGUUGGGGGUUUAUGCAAUGUACAGAGGUCCUAAAUCUCCCACCAAAUUCAACCAACCCGAUGAGGAACAACACCAUCCUCUCAUCUCAUCUUCAUGAAUCUUCAAAUCACUGCCACUUCGUUUU